AUGGCUACUACGACUAUUACUGCCGCUACGACUCAUCGCCAGCCCCAGACUGACGACCGUAUUCUUCCUUCUUCUGUUCCGCCUCGAACUUCACGGCCUGGUCAAACUUAUACUUUAUCAGGUGCAGAUCCGAGCUUGUCGCCAAAGUUAGCAUCAUGGCUCAACCAACCCGGUCUGACACCAACACACAAGCGAAUCGCCUACGCGUUCUACACCACGUUAUCAUCACAUUCUCAGGAUAUCCAUUCGUCGAAACACAAGUUCAUGUCAAAGCUGGAACGUUUACGACUUUCACGCCUCGAUAAUCCCUCCUCAGCUACUCAUCCUAUUGAGGACUUACUCAGUACCUCCUAUGUCGAUGAUUAUGUUGUUGGCACUGGCGAAUCGUUAACAAACUUCCAAUGCACGAAGAUGCUAGAAGCAGAAAAUGAGGUCAUCAUUGUUACUGGAUUCCUGAAUCCUACAUCUGCAUCUGUCAAGAACCUAAGCCGAACAAUUGAGAUCCUGGCGACACGGCAGGUAUUAAAGAAUGUUCGGAGGGGCACAGAUAAUACAUUGAAAGUCCAUAUAUGCUUCUCGUCCAGUGGGUUUCUUCAAAAGGUGUUGCAUACCAAGAAUCCUAAGGGAAGAAUCUGGAAACCCCGAGAAUGGAAGAAGCUCGGGCUUGGAGAUCCAAAUUACCUGAAAGGGAAGAUCGACUUGACAGUGAAAAGUAUCUUUGUACGGCCCGUCGGAUUACUGCAUGGGAAAUACAUGAUUGUUGAUCGCAAGAUACUUGUAGUUCCUAGCUCUAACUUGAGCUGGGAAGAAUGGUUGGAAGGUGCGACAGCCUACCUGAGGUAUCCAGAUGAUAGUCCAGACUGUGUAGUCAGAAAAUUUGUGCAGUAUUGGGAGAGUAUCUGGAGACACGGGGAGGAACCAGGACCCGAAAGAUUCGACCCGAUAAUGGAAAGGUUUCCAGCAGUUAUGCUUAAUGAAGGUGGCGGAUCAAUUGUGAUGGAGAGGCCCAGAGGGUUGGCUGUGGAAAAAACUAGCCUCGCUGGCGGGGCUAGGUGGGAAGGGUUCGCUCCAACGGUUUUUUUACCCCAUCCGGAGAGAGGGAGCUUCCCCCCAGUCUGGCCGCUCGGGGAAGUUGAGUUUAUAUGGAAGAUUGUGAAAAGUAUGAUGGGUGUUGUCUUUGAGAAUGCUGGCAGGGAUCAGGAGUACCUUGGAAAUCCUCAAAAUGCGUUCUGGAUGGCGGCUAUCGAAGGAGCAGAGAAAUCGAUCUAUGUUCAUACGCCCAACGUUACAGCAAAGCCACUAAUCGAUGCUCUCAUGAGAGCGGUCAAGAGAGGAGUUGUAGUAGAGAUUGUCACAUCAAUGGGAAUGAUGAAAUGGGAACAACUAGUCACCGCUGGAACCACCACAGACAAAUGCUUAAUCAAGAUGGUGGCUGAACUACAAAAUUGGAAAGGAACUCUGGAUGAAGAGGAAGCCAUCACAACGGGUGGACUUUGGAUAUACCGUUAUAAUUCAAUGAAAAGGCCCCCGUUGCUGCCAUUUAUCAAGCAGCCCGAGGAUAACUUCAAAUUGACAUGGUAUGACAAAAGUCAUGUCAAAUGUUUGAUUGUGGAUGAGGAAGUGGUAGCCUUGGGAUCCGGGAACUUUGACCAGGCCAGCUGGGCUACUAGCCAAGAGGUUAAUGUGGGAUUGUUCUGGGAUAGUACCCGCACUGGAAGAGUUAGACAAGCUUUGGUGGACGCGCUGGCUGGAAGACUAGAGGUUUUCAGAGGAAGCGGAUGGGUUAAAGGAGGCCUCGGAGAUGAUGAGUAUGAUUACGGCGUCGAUGGUGUUCCGAGGAUAAAAAGAAAUCAUCACGGAUCAUAA